AUGCCCACAGCAACCAAAUGGAUAGUCGUUUCCGUUUUUGUGUUUUGGAAAAAGUUGGCAGGAAGGUACAUUUCCUCUGCACCCCCGUGUACCCAUACGCAAGAGGCAAGGCAUAUCCAAUCACGCAAGGACCGAGAUACGCCAGAAGCUUAUACUGUCGACCUGAGCCCCAAUAAUUACAGCCUCACGCCCGAAACGUUGGACGAGAACCUUGCUAAAUUCCGAGAGUGGCAAGCAGGUUUUACGUGUCCCGAGGCAGAGCCUGGACGACUCAUCGAGACGAUGCUCUUUGACCUCAACUGUUGCGAUUGCCUGCGUUACACACAACUAGAUCGGCUUGGUGGAACAUGGCAUCGCGCUCAGACACCGCUGCAGACAACUCUUCGGUCACUAGCUAAAAGCUGUUUGUUUGGGAAACAUUGCCAACACCUUGGCCCGCUGACAAAAGCCCAAGUACAACAGCACUGUCAGAACAAACCGACCCGAGGACAAAGGCAAGCAUGCAGAAAAGACUUUGUCAAACAAGCGCACGUCAUGACCGUGGGUAUAUCGAAACCGUGCACCGAGGAUACAGCUCCGUUCUGCAUGGAUCGAACAAUAGCUCUACCAUGCCGUGGUGGCGGGCUCUGACUACAGAUCAACUUUACACGAAUCGUGGACCUGGCAUCGGGACCAGAUGACAGCGUCGCUAAGAUGAACAGUGCUUGGUUUCAGGCCCUUGACCCCCAGUCUUUUUGGGACGAUGUAAAAAAGGAUGAUGAUGGCCAGAAUCAGGAUUAUGAUGAUGACAGUGACACCCAAACUACGCGGACGGGUAUGACGAUGGGUAUGGGGUGUAUUGGGGCAAGGAGAAGACAAUGUCAAUGCCACUGCCUCUCAGUUUGAUGUUUGAGAGAUUCGUUUAAACUGCUUUAUAACCAAAAUGCACAUAAAAGUACGUCUUGUAUAAAG